UCUCACAAUUUUUUUUUAUUUCAUUUAAAAAUCAAAUCAAUCAAUUUAAAUAGACGUUUGUUCAAUGUUAUCUCAUCACAAUUAAUUUUAAUUAAAGUUUUUCUACUUCGUUAAGAUGAUUAAACUGUUACUUUUCCAGAGAACAUUGGAAAUAAAUUAAAGACGAUUGUUGAAAACUCUUUUUGGAGGUUUUCUGGUAUUCUUUUCUUUGGUGAUAAUCUGGCUUCUUUUCUGGUCUCAUUGUUUUUAAUUUUCUUCUCAUUAUCAUCAUUACGACCACUUCUCACCUGACCUGAUAAUGUCUUCAGUGGGCUUGAUGAGUACAUUAUCUUCUGCAAGCUCAACCAAACUGCCCAUUGGUCUUAAUCCAUCCCUUGCAGGGGAAUAUACUUUCCUCAGUAGUGUUAUCGCUGAUUCAGGGAGCAAUGUAUCAACUCAACCCGGUGUUUCAUCAUUAUCUUUCGACAAUCUUGAAGAGCUUCUCUGGAUGGGAAACACUGGAAGCCAUGUUACCUCAUAUUAUGGUUAUUCGUUACAAAAAUAUACCUCAUUCCAAGUACAUAAUGUAAAUGAUGUUCGAUCUCUUUUAACUGGAGAUUUUGGUCUUCUCUCAUUAACCCAAAACUCGUUGCGACUGAACAUUAGACGAGGAUUAUCAGUUUUUACACACAGUUCUGAACUUCUCAAGGAGAUGCAAGCAAUGACCAUCUUGCCCUCAGGUUUGGUUCUCAUGGGUGGACAACAGAAACAAUUGAUUGAAUUUGAUUUAGAAAGAGUAAAACAAUUACGAAUUACUGACGUUGAAGAAGAUGGUUGUGUCAUUAUUAGAAAACAUCCAAAAUUUGUAUGUUGUGGUGACAUAGUUGGCAAGAUUACACUUCGUGAUCCUAAUACUCUUAAAGUCGCUCACUCUUUCUCAACCCAUUCAGUCACUUUGUCCGAUUUUGAUGUCCACGGGAAUUACCUAGUUAGUUGUGGCUAUUCCAAUAGGCAUCUCUAUGUUCCCGAUAGAUUCCUGAUGGUUUACGAUUUACGAAUGAUGAGAGCGAUCAUGCCCAUCCAAAUGGUUUGCUCACCUUAUCUACUUCGUUUUGUUCCCGCUUUCUCUUCUCGAUUCUGUGUCGUCUCUCAAACUGGACAAUUCCAACUUUUGGACGCUUCGGCUUCCCUUCAAACUCCUUUUAUUCAAAGUGUCGACUUGCCUCCUGGUACUUCAAUAACUUCCUUCGAUGUUUCCAAUUCAGGUCAAGCAUUAGCUUUUGCCGAUGAUACUGGUUUCAUCUAUCUUUAUGGUGCAAGUGAUGAAGUUGUUUUUAAUAAUUUCAGCCAACAAACUGAAUUUGCUGACCCUAUUGAACCUGUUCGACCUUUGUCCUUUGAUGACAUAAUAACUCCUCUCUCCAUUAUCCCGAUGCCAGUUUAUCGAGAUGAAAAACUUUUAUCAGAUUUACCUGCUGAAUUUUGUAAAAAGGCUUAUCGUUUACCCAAGCCGAUCGAUCAAGCAAUUUUAUCUAAUAUGAGAAUGGUUGGAAAUAUUUGUUACGCUCCCAAUCCUGGAGCUAAAGGUCGAAAUCAAAUGCCUUACGCUAAUCCUGAGAACACGAAAACGAAACAAAACAAAUCCAAUACAUCUUCCACUGAGAUUCCCAGUCGUUACUUAACAAUCGAACCAAAUUACAAUAAAGUCUCUCUCGACGAGUAUGACUUUGGACGACACAAUCAUUCCCCGUUUGCAAGUCUUGACUCAACUUUACCAAAUUCGUAUGCUAACAAUUUAAUUCAGACUUUAUAUUAUAUUCUACCUCUUCGAGCUGCAGUUCUUAAUCAUCUCUGUAGAAGGGAAUUUUGCCUUACCUGUGAGCUUGCCUUUCUUUUCCAUAUGAUCGAUGAAAGUGGCACCCAAAAUCCAUGUCAAGCCACAAAUUUCCUUCGUGCAUUUCGUCAAAUGCCUAAAGCUUCCGCUUUGACUCUUAUCCUACCCGAAGACGAUGACUUACGAAAGAAAGUUAAUUUCCCAAGUUUAGCGCAAAGUUGGUGGAGAUUUAUUCUUCAUCAGUUACACUCUGAACUAUCAUCACCGGAUGCUACAACUCAUGAUAAAGAUUCACCAUCAACAUCAAUCAUUACUGAACUAUUUGGUAUCAACGAGAAAUGUUCAUAUACUUGUAAAUGUGGCCAUUCCUGGGAAGAGGAAAAGAUGAAAUAUCCGGUUACCCUUUUACACCCUGAUGCUGGAAAAUUUAGUAAUAAAAUUGAAGAUAAAUCACCGACCAACAUUGAACCUCAACUUGAAAGUUUAUCAUUUCAAGAGCUUCUCAAAAAAAGUCUCAACAUGGAACAAAGCAUGUCAGCUUACUGUGAUAAAUGCAAUAAAUUUCAAUAUGUGGUUCAAAAAAGACAAACUAAAUCUCUUCCUGAUAUUUUAUCAAUCAAUUCUGCGCUUGAUUCGGACAAAGGACUCAAGUUUUGGAAGAAACAAUUAUCCAUUCUUGGUGGAGAUAAAAUCGAACCCAAUAAGCUUUUAGAUUUAGCUCCAGCCAAAAAGCCCUGUCGAUAUGGUGACAAAUGUACUCGAGCUGAUUGCAAGUUUUCACAUGAAAAAGACAAAAGUAGUAGUAUCGUUGCCCCUCAAGCAAGUAAAAUCCCUUAUCUUCCCAUCAAAAUGUUCAUAAAAAUGGAUGAUGACGAAAGCCUGGAUAUCGCUAUUGAAAAACCCGAAAACUCUGAAUGUUAUACAGAAUAUGGUUUAUUAACUGUUAUUUCGGUUGUUCGUAAAUCGGAUGAAUUGGGUAAAGAUAAUAUUGUAGCCAUAAUUAAAGUUGAUGGUCGAUAUUUCAAAUUAAAAUCAAAGGAAGAGAUUCCUGAUAAGGAGAAUUGGUUUCUCUUUAAUCAUUUUUGUAUUAAUCCAGUUCCAAGCGAUGAAGUGGUUCACAUUGAUUUCGCCUGGAAAACACCAUCUAUAAUUAUGUACAGUAAAAUGGAUUUAAUCAAAAAGUAUGAAGACCGGCUAAUUAUUGAGAAUCCAAUAACUGCUGAAGUGUUUCAAGAUGAUCGUAAUCUUGCUCGUGGUCAUCGUCCAAGUAUAACAUUUACACCACUUUCCGCCGAUGAGAUGCCAAAGAAAGGAGAUUUCGUCGCUGUAGAUGCUGAAUUCGUUACACUUAAUCAAGCUGAAACCGAAUUUAGAAGUGAUGGAACUCGAACAACAAUUAAACCUCCCCAACGAUCUGUUGCUCGUAUAACUUGUGUUCGUGGUUCAGGACUAUUGGAAGGCCAACCAUUUCUCGACGAUUAUAUUGCUACUCAAGAUCAGGUUGCUGAUUAUAUGACUAAAUUUUCUGGAAUCCAACCUGGAGAUCUCGAUAUAACAAUGUCUUCCAAACAUUUAACAACACUUAAAUCUACUUACCUUAAAUUACGUUUCUUAAUUGACACUGGAGUUGUUUUCGUUGGUCAUGGAUUGAAAAACGAUUUCCGAGUAAUUAAUUUAGUAGUUCCACAAGAUCAGGUUAUCGAUACCGUGACGUUAUUCCAAUCACCUCAUUUUAAACGAAUGGUGUCCUUAAGAUUUUUAGCCUGGCAUUUUUUAGGUGAAAAAAUUCAAUCAGAAACUCACGAUUCUAUUGAGGACGCUAAAACCGCUUUACAACUUUAUCGUAAAUUUGAGGAGCUGAAAAGUCUUGGUAGAGUUGAAUCUUCUGUUGCUGAGCUUUACGAUGCUGGUAGAAAUUGUGGUUGGAAACUUCCAGGAACCGAGGAAGAAUAACAUUGGAUAAUUAAUCACCUAAUCGACAAUUAAUUCAUAUCGAUGAUGCAUCUUGACCCUUUUGCCGUAAAUCCGUAAUAUCGUCGUUCCCAUCGCUUAUAUUUACCUUGUUUGUUUUCCAUCGUCAUCACCUUUCUAUUAUCUCAUUUACACACACACACAAAUCCCAACAAUUUACUCAUAAUCAAAUUAAUUUUUGCAGCGAAAUGUUAAAUCCAUAUCAAAACAAUCAACUUUACAACCUUGAUGAUUUAAUUCCAAUUAUAAUGAUCAUGUAGAUUAAUCUUUACACUCACUCACUCGCUCGCUCGCUUUUCUCGCUCUCCUUUCCAAUCACUCAGAACAAUUUAUUUAUUUUCAGUUAUGGAUUGUCCUUAAUUAGUUUUUCCUGUGUUUCUAUCUCAAUAUAUUUAUAAAUAUGUUUAUACAAUUAAUUUAAAUACAAACACAAUCAACUUAAAGUCUACACAAAUCAACCUUAGGUAUUAUCUAAAUAGUGUUGUGUAAAUAGUUAAUCAUUUUAGCUGAUUCAGCUUGAAAGGAUCACAUUGAUUAAUCAAUUUCUAAUUGUUAUGGAAGUGAUUUCUCAAUCUAUUCCCACUUCUUAAUUGUUAAUUGUAUCAUUAGAUUAUGUUUUAUCCUCUCUCUUUUUUUCACUUUAUUAUAAAAUCUUCAAUUGUCCAGUGUAACAAUUAAAGUUGUUAUUUGAUUGUGAAUUGUGUGAGUAUUUAAAUUCACAAUUUGUUUUGACCAAAAAAAAAGUUAAUGUGUAGACUUUAAUUGUGUUUAAAUUAACUUCUUCAUUCCUAAUUAUCAUUUAAUCAGUUAUUCUAGUAAUUCCUUAAUCACUCAUGAUUUAUAAUCAACUGUUAAUUGUAUAAUCAGCUAAUCAACCCUCAACUCUUUCAAAAUGAUCAAUCCUUAAUUAUUAUUAACCACCUUAGCUAAUCAGACCAAGUGAUUUAUAAUUGUCAAUUAUCACAAUCAACCAAUCAUCAUCCAUUUCAUUUAAUUAGCAACAAUCAAAUCAAUUCCUCUUGCCCUUUGUCAUUGAUUAUUUUUGUUUAAUUGUAAUAAUCUUUUUUUUCCUCCAUUGAUUUGAUUAUUGUUCUUGUGUACAAUGAGAUUAUUUUUGUAACCAACAAUUAAAUAUCAAGCAAAUUAAUCAAAUUUAAUUGUUAACCAAAUAAAAACAACCUUCCAAAAUUA